AGAAGACAUUUUCCGCAAAAACGUGUUGACUUUUAUCUCCAACUUCAAAAACCUAAAAAAAAUUAUAACAAUUGUCACUAUCAGUACUGACAUUUAUCUACCAAUGAAAUUUCAUCACCACUUCCGCACUUUCCAUAACAAAGCUUUCAUCAACAAUCAGUGGGUGAACGCUCUGAGCCAGAAAACCUUCCCCGUAAUGAACCCAGCAACCUCUGAACCCAUCGGAUGCGUUCCAGAUAUGAACGUCGAUGACACCCAACACGCCAUAGAGGCAGCUCAAGACGCCUUUCAAAUCUGGAAACAUACUACAGGCCAAGAACGCUCUUUUUACCUCCGCAAUUGGUACAACUACUUGUCUUGCAAUAAAGAAGGCCUGGCACAAAUUAUUCUACAAGAAUGCGGCAAACCUAUCAAAGAAUCAGAAGCAGAAAUUCAGUACGGCAACUCUUUCAUCGAGUUUUUUUCCAACGAAGCGAGACGUAUUCACGGUGAGAUUUUAUCUAGUCCCGUCCCCGACAAGAAAAUCUUUGUGGAAAAGCAGCCCAUUGGGGUUGUUGCGUUAAUCACUCCGUGGAAUUUUCCAUACGCUUUGGUGGCAAGGAAAGCGUCUGCUGCCUUAGCUGCUGGUUGCACGUGUGUAGUGAAACCUGCUGAAGACACGCCUUUUUCCGCGUUGACGUUGGCUGAGAUGACACAAGCAGCUGGAUUUCCUGAUGGGGUGUUCAAUGUGGUGACCAGCAGUCGAGAAAAUACGCCGAAAGUUGGUAGUUUGAUGUGUACGAGUCCUUUGGUGGCUGGAAUUUCCUUUACAGGCUCAACCAAUGUUGGGAAGAUUCUGUACAAACAAUGCUCUUCGGGCAUUAAACGACUGGGACUAGAACUCGGUGGAGACGCACCUUUUAUAGUAUACGCCUCUGCAGAUGUAGACAAGGCAGUUAAAGGAGCAAUGUCUUCGAAAUUUCGAAGUUGUGGCCAAACCUGUGUUGCUUCAAACCGCUUUUUCAUCCACUGCAGCAAAUACGACGAGUUUUGUGGAAAACUUCUAGAACAAGUCUCUCAAUUAAAAAUCGGCGAUCUACAAGACCGCGCUACAAAUAUAGGACCCUUAAUCAAUCAAGCCCAGUACGAUAAAGUGUCAACUUUAGUUCAAGAUGCUGUUUCUAAAGGCGCCAGGGUCCUAACGGGCGGUACAGGUACGCCGCUACUGUACCAACCGACAGUUCUCGCUGAUGUGACACCAGACAUGCAGAUUUACAAGAAAGAGGUAUUUGGGCCUGUGGUCAAUUUAUUGCGGUUUAAAGACGAAGAAGAAAGCGUUUGCAUGGCCAAUGAUACUCUCACAGGUUUAGCAGGCUAUAUAUUUUCAGAAGAUGUUGCGCAGAUUUUUAGAGUGACUAAAAUGUUGGAAGUGGGGAUGUGCGGAGUAAAUGAGGGGGCUAUAUCUAUGGCAGAAAUUCCUUUUGGAGGGGUAAAGGAAUCAGGGAUAGGAAGAGAGGGUUCACAUUAUGGUAUCGAUGAUUAUACGUAUAUGAAAUAUAUUUGUAUAGGAAGUCUGUAAAUGUUCCUUUUUAA